UAAGCUUAUAAGUUAAAAGUAAUUAUGCAAAUUCUCAAAAGAUAGAGAGACAUUUUAUUUUACAUUUCACACUUACAUUACUGUAAUUUUAAUUUUUUCCAACCAUACACUGUAAUCUAUUUAUGAUUAAUAAUUUAACAAUCUACACAAUAUAUUAUAGUCCAUUUUUUAACUUGACUUUUAUUUCAACUCAAUAGCAGAUUUUUUUUGGAAUUGUUUUAUUUAUAAUUUGAUAUAUUUUAUGAAGUACAUCGGCUCAGAGUUCUAAUACGACUACUGGCCCAUCAGGGACUUUGUGGGUAUCCCAGAAGGCCAAUCCGUAGCCGCUUUAUUAUCUAUUUACACCUAUUGAAUUACAAAAUACUGAAUAUUGAAUAAUAUUAUGUAAGCAGUAACAAUUAAUAAUUUAAAUACAUACUCGUACCUUAUGAUUUGCUCAAUCACACACAUAAAAAAAUUGGGGGGAAAUUUGUAGUCAAAUGCAUUUAAAGAAAUGAAAAAGAAUUAAUCAACAUAGUAAUAAUAUUAAAAUUCUUAACAAAUAUAAUAUAAAUAUUAUGUUAUUGAAAUAUUCAUCCUUAAUACUGAUUAUGUAUGAUAUGUUAUAUAUCUGCUGAUACAAUUAUGAUGAAUGAAUUAUUAUCUAUUGAUUAUGUCCAGAUAUUCUUAUAAAUACUAAAUCAUUAAAACUCCGGACAGCAGGUACUGAGGACUGAGGUAUAUUAUAAUAUUAUGUAAAAUCCCGGUUGUAUUUAAUAUUUUAAUGUAUUUAAAAUUCAACCUAGUACCUAAGUCCUAGAUAACAUUUAAAAUAGUUUCCUUGAUUAAAGGUAGGUAUGGUCACUCAGCCCAUAGAUCUCAAUCUGCAUCAUGCAAUUUAUUACGCGCAGUAAAAAAAUGUGUUUCUUGCGGUGUUGUAUUUUUGUUACUUACCACAGGCACUGCAGACGCUAUAUUAAGUAUUUAUCAGACACCAGCCAAUUGAAUUGGUUAUUGAUAUUUAUUUUUAGAUUUAUUUAUAUAAAUUAUUAUUAUUAUUAUUAUUAUUACGAUAAUGAGUAUUUUCCCCCUGGAAUAUUGUUUUACGAGUUGAACGUACCAUAAUCUUUUGACAAAGAGGACUGACUGGCGACUGCACAGUGCACAGUAGCGACAGUAGUGUUAGUUGUAUCAAACGAACAAGAGACAGUAAGCACGCACACAAUUAAUACCCAUUAACACAAUAUAACAACAAAUUACAAUUAUGACGACCGUACAAAAGAGGAAAUGUUUAACAAUGAUUGACAAAUUGGGCGUUAUCGAAUGUUUGCAAGCGGGACAAAGUAAAGUAAGAGUUUCACGACAUUACAACCUGCCACAUUCAAUAGUGUCCAAUAUUUUUAAAAAUCGUGUGCUAAUAACACGGACUUUCGACCGGCAAUGUUUAAUUUCCCGAAAAAUCGAAAACGCGCUGUUGGCGUGGUUGGAAAGUAAUCGAGAAACGCAUGUCUCAAUUACUGUACCGUUUCUAAGGGCCAAAGCUAACGAGCUUGCAAAGUCAUUUGAUAUACCAAAUUUUAAGUGUACGACUUCGUGGAUACUACUUUUCAAGCACCGCCAUCGCAACAAGUUUGUGUCGUCAGCGACCGUCAAUGCCCUGGUAGUACCACAGAAUGCAACUGCCAACGAUUGGCUAAUAACCAAAUUGUCUUCUUCAUGGCGUAAAUUAUACACUGCAGACAAAAAUAUCUAUAAUGCCUCUGAAACUGAAAUGUUUUAUAAAAUGAUGUCCGUCAAAUCUUUCAGCUUUCAAGGAAAUGAAAGCACAGACAAUUUUGGUUGGACUUUAGUUAACGACAAUAACAUGAAACUAGUACCAGUAAUAUCACAGAAUGCAGCUGCCAACGAUUGGCUAAAAACCGAAUGGCCUUUAUUGCGUAAAGGAUACACAGACAAAGAGAUCUAUAAUGCCUCUGAAACUGGAGUGUUUUAUAAACUGAUGCCCGACAAAUCUUUCAGAUUUCAAGGAAAUGAAUGCAAAGAUGGAGAACUCCCGGAGGAACGUUUGACAAUUUUAAUUACAGUAAAUAUGACGGGAACCGACAAGAAGAAACUUCUUGUAAUCGGGAAACAUAAUGGUCCUCGAAGUUUUAAGGGUAUAACAGAUUUACCUGUUCAGUAUGAGCAUAAUCAGAAAUCUUGGAUGACAAGUUCAAUUUUUAGAACGUUUAUGCACCGAUGGGAUAAGGAAUUAUUUCAAACAUCAAAAAAAGCAUUGGUUUUAAUUGACGAUUGUCCAGUUCAUUUAGGUUUAAGCAAUCUUUUAUCAAUCAAGGUGGUUUAUUUACCCUUCAAGUCAUUAAUUCCAAUGAACCAAGGAAUAAUUAAGUCUUUUAAAUUUCACUUUAAAAAAAAUCUUAUACUUCACCAUGUUAAACAAAUUGAAAAUAUACAAAUUACAAAAGUCGAUAUGUUUCAAGCAAUUUGCAUGUUGGAGUUAGCAUGGAAUCAAGUUUCAUUUGGAGUUAUUACAAAUUGUUUCAAAUGUUUUGAUUCUUUAAGCAUAAAACAAGUAAAAGAAUCAAAUAAAAAAGAAAAUUUAGUUUCUUGGGCAGAAAAAUUACUCGUUUUUGAUGUUGAAACACUUCAAAAAUUCGAAAAUGUGGAUUCUGAACUUGUUACUUCUAAUCAACUAUUGAGUCAACUUACAAAUCAAUAUAAUAAUGUAGAAGGAACAGACGAUGAUGAGGAAAUAGAUAUGAUAAAAGAUAAAAUUACAUUGCAUCAAGCAUGUGAUGUAUUAGAAAAAUUAAAACAGUUUUUAGCAACCAACGAAUAUUUUUUAAAAAGUUACAAUCAUACCAAACAACUUCAAAUAAUAUUAGAUAAUAGUCUGUACAAAUUAAAAAAUUCGCAAACUAAAAUUACCAGUCUAUAAAAUUUUUGUUAUAUUUUUUUAUUUUUAAUCAUAAGAUUACCAAAAUGAUGCAUACUAUAUUUGUAUAAUUUUUUCAAAAGCUUAACAACCUAUGUACAUAAACUACAGAUUUGUAUCUAAAAUAUUGAAUUUAAGUAUUGAUAACUAUUAUUGAUAGUUGAUACUCUCUUUAAUAUUUUGGGUUUCAACCAGCUACAGUAAGAUAUUAGGUGUUUUGAAACAAUGCUAGGUAUUAUUUUAUACCUAUUAAAAUUAGUGUACCAACCCAAUAGUUUUAGUGAUUUUUAUUUUAUAAUUUUAAAAAUAUAUUUAUAAGUAAUAUAUAUAUUUUUUAUAUUUA